AUGCAGUCGGAAUCCAAGGACAAGUCCGCCAACCCUAUGCGCGAGCUGCGCAUCCAGAAGCUCGUGCUCAACAUCUCCGUCGGCGAGUCUGGUGACAGACUUACUCGCGCUGCUAAAGUGCUCGAGCAGCUGAGCGGUCAGACUCCGGUCUACAGCAAGGCCCGUUACACCGUCCGUACCUUCGGUAUCCGUCGUAACGAGAAGAUCUCCGUCCACGUUACCGUCCGUGGCCCCAAGGCCGAGGAGAUCCUUGAGCGUGGUCUUAAGGUCAAGGAGUACGAGCUCCGCAAGCGCAACUUCUCUGAGACCGGUAACUUCGGUUUCGGUAUCUCCGAGCACAUCGAUCUGGGUAUCAAGUACGACCCCGGUAUCGGUAUCUACGGCAUGGACUUCUACUGCUGCAUGACCCGCCCUGGUGAGCGUGUCGCCAAGCGCCGCCGCUGCAAGGCCCGUAUCGGCUCCCAGCACCGUAUCACCCAGAACGAGACCAUCAAGUGGUUCAAGAACCGCUUCGACGGUAUCGUCCGGUAA